AUGGCCGUUGCGGCGUCUGGAUUCAUAAGGAAACCAGCAAUCUCCGUUCAUCUAGAUUUCUCCUCGGUUCCUCUCAAAUUCUCAUGCUUGAAACUUCCAGUCUCUGUAUCAAAGCCUCUGGUGGUUAUGUCCGUCGCCUUAUCGCCGCCAGCUAGAACAGUUGAGUCUCCGCCGGCCGGUUACCGGAAAAAUGUUGGGAUUUGUCUCGUUAGUCCAUGUAGAAAGAUUUUCACUGCAUCAAAGAUUCAUGUUCCGGAUACAUGGCAAAUGCCGCAGGGUGGGGCUGAUGAGGGAGAAGAUCUGAGAAACGCUGCCUUUAGAGAACUUAGAGAAGAAACUGGUGUUACCUCGGCGGAAUUCAUUGCGGAGAUACCAAACUGGCUGACGUAUGAUUUCCCCCGAGAAGUGAAGGAUAAGCUGAACCGGAAAUGGCGAACAAGUUACAAAGGCCAAGCUCAGAAGUGGUUUCUCUUCAAGUUCACGGGGAAGGAGGAAGAGAUAAAUCUACUUGGAGAUGGUACCGCGAAGCCAGAGUUUAAGGUGUGGUCGUGGAUGCUACCGGAACAAGUGAUUGAACAUGCUGUAUAUUUCAAGAGACCUGUCUAUGAGCAUGUCAUAGAGCAAUUCAACCCUUAUUUUGUGGAUGAAGAGAAGGAUUCUGUGAAGAAGAUUGAAAGUGCACAAGAUUCAUCAAGUGGAUACUCAUGA